UUUUUGGGGGAGGGGGAAACGGUUCGCUGCUAAAAGUUUGAACUUGUUUGCUAACUAGCUAGGUCGAUAGCCACCAUAACUGCUAGUUCCUUAGCUUGAUGCUAACCAGGGGAACGCCUUGUAUCACUGGUUACCCAUACCAAAUAAUUUAUACUAGAAAGUCGCGUAUUUUUGUGCUGCUUUGGUUGUUUUUGUUUCGCGACUAAUUCCACACAGUUGUGUAUGCAGGUGUUUAAAACACCAGAAGAGCCGGUGCUGCAGCCCCAGUGGUCGUAGGCAGGAUGCAGACCAUAAAGUGUGUCGUGGUGGGUGACGGUGCAGUGGGUAAAACCUGCCUACUUAUCUCUUACACCACCAAUGCCUUUCCCGAAGAGUAUAUUCCCACAGUUUUUGACAACUACAGUGCCCAGAUGAGUGUGGAUGGCCGCACUGUCAGUCUUAACCUGUGGGACACAGCAGGACAGGAGGAGUAUGACCGCUUGCGCACUCUCUCCUACCCCCAGACCAACGUCUUCAUCAUCUGCUUUUCCAUUGGCAGCCCCUCUUCCUAUGCCAAUGUUAGGCACAAAUGGCACCCUGAGGUGUCCCAUCAUUGCCCCAAUGUGCCCAUCCUGCUUGUGGGCACCAAGAAGGACCUGAGGGGCGACGCAGAAACGGUUAAGAAGCUGAAGGAGCAGGGCCUGGCUCCAACCACCCACCAGCAGGGCAAUGCCUUGGCCAAGCAGAUCGGGGCAGUCAAAUACAUGGAGUGUUCUGCUCUGCAGCAAGACGGCGUCAGGGAGGUGUUUGCUGAUGCCGUGAGGGCAGUGUUGUAUCCAGUUACAAAAAAAAAUUCCAAGAAGUGUGUGCUGUUGUAAUUAAUGGUUCCCACUUUGGACUGACAGAGAUGAUGAAGAUCCACAGAUGCAGAGGAAGUCUGAGAAGAGAAGCUCGUCGUCUAGCUCACUCCAUGCCACGCCCAGCAGUUCAGACUUUGAUUUCAUCUCCCCUUUUACUGCUCUCUUCCUUAAUCAUCUCCUGGAGGAUUCCUCUCUGUUGCCAUCAUCACCAAAGUGACUAUGCCAAAAUGGGGGCAACAGAAAGCAUCUUCU